GUACGGUGUAAAUCAUCAACGGAUACUGCGCGUAUCGAAACCACGAAAUGUUGUUUGUUGUGAUUUCGUGCAGAUGGCGCAACGAUCUCAUAAACUGCGUAUCUCAAACUGACGUUUUGGUUAUUUUUGUUCUCGCCUCGUGUUUACUUUAGUGUCUAAUUUCGGUCCAAUUGCGAAAAAUUUGUUGUGCAACAACACUUCAAUCAAUAUUUCGAUCAUACACGGAAUCGCCAUACAGAAUAGUAUCGAUCCGCAGUUCCCGACUAGGUAUAUGUAUACAGUAUCACGUGGUGGUGUGGUGGUUUAUAUAAUUCUUGUUUACCGCACAAGUCGAAACUUUGCGCAUGUGCGUCCCGUCAGUAACCUCAAAUCGUAGAACGGGCUCGGAGUCGGCAGGUUCCGGACAUCCGGGUCGCGGAGCAGCGGAUCCGGCACGCGUGUGAACUUGUGAUGUGCCCUUGUGCCAGCAGUGGCAGUGCGCGCCCCGCGUGUGGACCGAAGCGCUGGUGAUACUCGCGCGCGCCUGACAUGGCCCAGACUCAGUUCUCGCGGAGCUCGGAGAGCGACGCGUGGGCGCUGCUCUCGCUCAAGUCGCCCCCGUCGCCUUCGAAAGUGCAGUGGGCCCAGGAGCCGGCUCCGGUGGCCAUCGCGCGGCUCGACGGGAGAGACUUUGAGUACUUGAUCCGGCAAAAGCGCGUGGUGAUCGGGCGCAACUCUAGCCGGGGUGAAGUGGAUGUUAACAUGGGACACUCGAGUUUUAUAUCUCGGCGUCAUUUGGAGUUGUUCUACGAUCAGCCAGAGUUCUAUCUGACGUGCAACAGCAAGAACGGCGUGCUGGUGGACGGCGUGUUCCAGCGGAAGGGCUCUGCGCCGAUGCUGCUGCCCAAGAGAUGCACGCUACGUUUCCCUUCCACGAACAUCCGCCUGGACUUCCAGUCGUUAGUAGAAGAGAGCGGUGGCGGGGCGGGGGGCAGUUCCGGCGCUACGCUGCCGCCGCUGCGCAUCACCAUUCCCGUCGACAACGAUGGCCGCAGCCCCGCGCCUUCGCCUACUGGCACAAUAAGCGCAGCGAACAGUUGUCCGACAUCCCCCCGCGGCGCCGGCUCCUCGGGGCGGCGGCACGCGGACCUGGGCCUAGUGGCGCAGCAUUAUGCCGAGCUGGCGCAACGACCCACCUCCAAUGGCACUGCUGCCUCCACUACGUCGGACUCGGGCUACAGCAGCCGCGACGUGCGCGAGCGCGACCGCGACCACCGCGAGCGCGACCACCGGGAUGACGCCAAGCCACCCUACAGCUACGCGCAGCUCAUCGUCCAAGCUGUCGCUUCAGCGCCGGACAAACAGCUAACGCUUAGCGGGAUCUACAGCUAUAUAACGAAGCAUUAUCCUUAUUAUCGCACGGCCGAUAAAGGCUGGCAGAAUUCUAUACGUCACAACUUAUCACUUAACAGAUACUUUAUAAAAGUCCCGCGCAGCCAGGAGGAGCCAGGCAAGGGCAGCUUCUGGCGCAUCGACCCGCAGAGCGAGGGCAAGCUCAUCGAGCUCGCCUUCCGGCCGCGCCGGCCGCGCGGCGUGCAGUUCCGCGCGCCCUUCGGCCUCUCCUCCAGGAGCGCGCCCACGUCGCCGUCGCAGGUGGGCGUGUCGGGGCUGGUGACGCCCGAGGAGCUGUCCCGCGAGCCCACCCCCGACCUCUUCACCUCGGAGGACCACGACCAGAGCGGGCAGCAGCGGUUGAACAACUCCGGGUCGCAAGCGGCGCAGUACCUGUUCUCGGGCCGCAGCGGCGUCAGCCAGAGCGCGCCCGGCUCGCCAGGGCACGGCAUCUCGUACAGCGCGGGCAGCAGCGGGCUGGUGGUGGCGGGGCACCAGAUCACCGUCGUCACCAACGGCGCCGGCGGCGAGCGGGAAGAGAAGUACGUGGUGGGCACGAGCACGGGCGGGCUGGUGUCCAUCCAGGAGGAGGACGCGCUGCAGCACGAGCCCUACCUGCAGGGCAGGUACUCGGGCGACAUGGAGGCGCUGGCCGGCGAGCUGGUGAUCGAGGCGGCGCCGCUGGAGCCGCCGCACAAGCGCCACCGCCACCGUGACGUGUCGGAGGCGGAGGAGCGGCGCGCGUAUUGACGCGCGGCGCGGUGAGCGGAGGGCUGCGGCGCGCCGGGCGGGCCCUACACGAGCCUUAACCUUGUGAAAACGUUUCUUAGGAACCUCGCCUUUAUUACUUCCACACUAUUUUGCGUCAAAUUUAAACGGCGAGGCGCGGCUUUAAUAGAGCCAGAAUUGAGAAUUAUCUCGAACUAGAGUUCGCCAGUCUCGCAGUACAAUCCUCAGAAGUAAGCUCCGCGGUGAAGUGCCGACCGCUCGGGACCGUCGGAAUGGCACGUGGUUCGACCCGGUACGGUGGCAAUAAUAAGGUGAUAGGGUAAUUUAAAUCUGGAAUUUCGAUAUGCAUAACCGACGAGGGAACGCCGUGGACAGUGUUGAGAGUGAUUUUAGUUUACGCGUAAGUAAUGCAGUAGUAUGAUCUACGGAUGUCUUUUUCGUUUGUUUUUUAUAGUUCUGGACUCGAGUGCAUAGUUUGACAGUUGUAAACGUCGAUUUGACUUUUUUUAAUUAUACGCUUGCAGUGACUAUGUGUAGUCAGCUUCAAAAAUAUGCAACCGGCGGGAGGCCGGGCUUCUAAAUUAUAUUCUCAUAUUUCUGAAGCUGGCUUAAACAUUUUAAAAUUAAAGUACUAAGUGCAAUGAUUUAUUAUAAUUUAUGGAUAAGUUUAGUUAGAAAUAAAUGUGUAACCGAUCAUUGUUGCUUAUUUGAUUAGGAACUACUUAAAUUAAUAGAAACUCAUUUGUAGACGGAAUAACAUUUUUAUUUAAUCGAUCGAAUAUUUUAAGUGCUAAUUUAAUUUUUUAUGUCCUAAAAGUGUGGUUGAAUGGAAACUUAGGGUUUAGUUAUUUGUGUGUAUCCGAGCCUUCUUCGCGUGACUACGUAUCGACAGAAACGAUCGAUGAAAUUAACGAAGUGAUAAUCUUCAAAAAUCAUUAAUAAAAUUGUUUAACAUAAUCAAUGAAUUUGGCACGCGAGUACAACAUUUUUAUAAAAAGCGUUUUCGAGUUUUUCCCUUUCUAGAUAAAUUUACAAUUGCGUAAUAUUAAUAUUCCCCAGUUGAAGUUUGUAAAAAUUAAUUCUUGUAAAGAAUUUGAUUAUUACAAUAAAGUAAUAACCUAAGUCAUGAAUUUGGAAUCGCCUUAAAUCGGCCAUUGUAUUUUUACCCUAUCAACCCUUUCGAUGUAAGAUUUAGGAAUAAAAUUAAAGCAAUAGAAAUAUUUUUGAUGUCUCAAAUUAUAAUAACCAACGAAGCAAUUUAGCAAUAAAAUGGCUGAUUCAUUUGCAUAUAGCAAAUCUAUAAAGUAACAUAUUAUUUAUCUUCGAUCAUUAGGCGGGUCCACACAGAGCGAGCAUACGCGCGUGGCAAUUUCCUCGCGCACAAAACGGCCACUGUAGACGUGCCUCGGCGGGAAACGCGCGUGCCGCUUCGGCCGAGGCACGCCUACAGUGCCGUUUUGCGCACGAGGAAAUUGCCUCGCGCGUGAGCUCGCUCUGUGUGGACUCGCCUAUUCGUGUAUGGCCUCUGAAUCUUAGACAGUGGUAGCAGAACAGUACAUCUGACAUGUCUGAAGUUCCAACUAUGCAAAAUUUUAAGUCGGGAAUCGUAGACGUUGGCCUUUCACUACUGAGUGGUGUGAUUUAAGACAUUGUGUCCUGAUCUAACGGAUAGAUAUUAUACAGUACAGUUUGCUUUGAUUAAGUUGAGUGGUACUGUCAAAAAAUUUAUUGAAAUAUUUUGAUUAUUUCUAUGUUCGUAAAUAAUACAAUCGUUAUAUUUUAAAUUAUAUAUCUUUAUUUCGCUACACAGAACAGUUAAAAACGUAUAUUGUAGUCUUAAUAGUAGCAAGAUUUUUGCCAGUAAUUUGAUCGUGAACAGGCAAAAUAAUUUUAUAGAUAGGUGGAUAAUUAAAAAGAAAAUUCUAGCAAUUGUAGCUGUGCUCUAAGCCGGUGCCACCACAAAGGUUGGACGUACUUCAUAUAGAAUGUUAUUGCUUGAAGUUUGGUUCAUGUUGGGUGUUGUGACCAUGUCACUAAAAUUACGCAUUGCCAAAGCAAAACUGAUGGUGUCCCAUCUAAUUCUGUGUGUAGGACGCCUUAUCUUUGUUGAUACUAUUACUUUCUAAAGCUAGAACUUUCAAAAGAACGCUGGGCUUCAAAGGAAAUAUGCUUGAAAUAUUUAUAUCUCGAAUUUCUCGCAUUAUUAACCUAUGCAUGAUUGCAAAUGCCGGAAUUUUCUUCAAUACUUAUUAUAUUUGUAUAAUUUGUCGUAUUUUAAAGUGUAUAUUAAUAUUCAGGUAUUAGUAGGUAUAUAGUUUAUGUAAAGUUACGCAAUCAAAUAAAUAGUUCCUUUAUUUUGCCACGUAAUGCAAUUAAAUAGGUAUUUUAAGGUUCUAUCUUUUAUUUGUCUGUACGUCACUUUCAGAAUAAUACAAUUUCUAUAUAAACUGAGCCUCCUAAAGCAAUGUAGAUAGGUACAAGAAAAAUGCUGUUCUAUUUUUAAAUAUGUAUUAGCGAAAUAAGUAAUCAUAUAUAGAACUCCGUUAAACAAAGUUAAAGACCAGAGCACAUCGGCUACGUCUGCGUAUACGUGCACAUGCGCGUGCGCGAAAAUGUUGGAGCCGUGCACGCACACGUCACGCAAGCGGUGUGCCGUCGCUCGUAGGGAUCUGUAUAUUACUACGUGCACGAGUAUGCACACGCAUCCGGUGUGCACACACCUUAAAACCCGCUGAACGCUAUCAUAAGAAUCAAUCUUUCCAAUAAAAUACAAAAUGAUAGUACCUUGAAAUAUGCACAGUUUCUGCUGAAAAGAGCACUUUAUUUGAAUUAUUAACUUUGAUGUUUUGUGUUAAAUUAUUGCAACAGAGAAUAAUCUCAAAGCUAGUUCACUGUAACCGAUACACCAACUCCAUAGUACAUAUUAAGCUUAACACUGGUUAAUAAGAAUAAGAUAUUCUUAUACAUAAAACAUUUUUAUUAUUGUCAAGUAUAAUAACAAUGGGCCAUGGGUAUAAAUGAAUGUCCGGGUAUACAUAUAUGUGUGGCAACAGGCAGUUGAUAAAAUAGUAGCAUACAUCCACAUAAGUUCAAUCUUCAUAUAAUGUAAGAGAACUGGGUUAUGACGUUGUGUAACAGAUAUUUUCUUUAUUUUUCACACCUAACCUAACAAUACCUACUGUGAAAUGGUAUAGAUAUAUUUUAAUUUCAUAUAUGUAUAUGAAUGACGUCGAUCAAAUUAGUUACAAAAUAUGGCCGGCUUACCAGAUUACAUUGAUGAUAAUGACGUAUUUGUUGAAAUUAUACGAUCGAAUAUUAAUUAGGCGAUCGGUGACUUAAUCCGAAAUCGGUUCCCGAAAUAUAAAUCUAUUAUUACUUAAGUAUUUAACUUUUUUCACGCUUGAUUGGAAUGAGUCAUACACACAAUUAGGUUUCAAAUUGACUUUUCUAUUUCAAGUAUUUGAAAGAGCCUUAACGCCUUCAAUUUUGGCACAGGGCAACAUUUCUUCGGGAGUGUUAUAAGUAUGUUAUGCACUCCUAACGUAUCAAAAGAAAAUAGUAUCUCAAAACGGCGCUUUAUGCGAUGGGCGAAAUGCCAUCAACUAUCAAAAUUUCGAAUAAAUGGUAAGACGGCUUGAAGAACUUGUGAUUUAGUAUGUAUUGCACUUACGUUCGUGCGAAUGCUGUCAACAUUUUAAAGUAAUGUUAGCUGUAGAAUAUUUUAUUUAGCUUAGGUGUAUAGGCGGGAUUGAAUGAUGAAAGAUUAUUUUAGCAUUUAAAUAUGUGAAUUAUGUGAGAGGCUUAUUUGGCGUGAUUCCGUUUUUGGUCCCGUCUCGUUUUGUAUAAAUAGUAGGUCGGUAGGUGCAUGGUUUUGUCGUUUUUCGCUAAUUGUUCGCGGGUUGUUCGCUAUUUGACUCCGUUUUUACGGAUUAUCUCAUUUAUCGGAUUGAGUUUGAACAUAGUGAUAGUUUCAGGGCUAUUUGUAGGAAUUUCACCAACGUGUAAAUAUCGCAAUAAUAACAAUUUAAUUGCAAAUUACUCCUUAUUAAAUAGGUAAUUAAUAUUAUGAAAUCGUAUUGUUACCGGGGAGUAAAAGUAUCUUUAAAUUUUUAGCCCAGCUAAAAUGUUAACCUCCGUCAUAUAUGACGGCUAGGGGUCACUUGCCCCAUCCUGAGUCAGGCAAUAACUCGGGGUUAACCGGUUAAACCCGGAGUUAACGGUUCAGUUUAACCCUGUGUUACCAGUAUCUCCGAGUUAGUGGCUAACCUGGAUGGUGCAAGUGGAACUAAGAGCUUCAUCCACCUUAACCCGCGAAUAUUAAUAGCGGUUAACUAAGUCGCUAAGCUUGGCAGACUACCCUUGGGUAUGUGAAUCUUUUGUUCUGGUAAUUUGGGUUGAGUUAUGCCUCGAUACACAUACACGCUUUAAAGUAAUUUUACUUCGCUUUCCUGCAGUAAGCACUUUACCGAAUAGCCAUAAUGGCCUGAAAUCAAACUAUGUUAUACCUACGCGAUCCUUAUUCUUAAAAUGUCACGAAAAUUAAAAUUAUCGACCAAUGUCGCUUACCUUCUCUAAGGUAUAUCAAUGCGACGCUAAUCUCUCAAAUGUUUGGGAAAUAAAUUGUGCGCGGGUCAUAAUAUAGCAAAAUCGACUUAUGCAACAUCAGCUUUAAGUCGAUUUUCGCUGGGACAAUUUAAUCGGAAAGUCCUUUUAAGGAGGCAAAUGACUGAAAAAACAUGAGAAAGGACUCUGUGCUUGUUAUCAACGCUUUGACCGUAACACGUAGCUAUGAAGAAUAUAGGGGCCUAUCAACUUAUUCUGUGAGUGAUUAUUGUGACGUUUCUUGGAAAGAACUCAUACUAAUAAAACUUGAAGGUUGGUGGAUUUCUAAUCCAGUAAAACAAGUUUUAUACAGUUGUCAGAAAGAUAGAAACUUUGCAUAAACAGAAGAAAAAGUUGAUAGACCUAUAGCCACACUUAAGCAUGUAUAAAUAUGUAUAAACAUAUAUAAGAGCUAAAGGUAGAUUAAGUUCGCAACUAGCGUAUGAUAUAAGGCAUUUAAAAUGCCAAUAAUACUUUCGUGUCUAAAGUAAUGUAUUUAGUGUAUGCUGGUAUAUAAUUAAUUUUGUUGUGUAUAUUGCAUACUAUAACUCGGGAAGCUUCUUCCGGAUGGUUGUACCAAGACACUUGUCUGAAUAUUGACAAAUUUUAAGAAAUAAACGUAUUUUAAUCCUU